AUGGCUACAGUGUCAAUACAAGUGCCUAGUCUUGACUGGGGGUCGCCAAACAUCGCCAAAUCGUUCAACCUAUUUCGACAAUGCAUGGAGCUUUACUUCACCGUCAAGGCAACAAAACACGAAGAUAAGGUGCCGCUAAUUCUCCUCGCAGCCGGCGAAGAAGGCCUACGCCGAUACAACAGUUGGUCGAUGACAGACGACGACCGCAAGGACCCACAAAAAAUAUUCUCUGCCUUCAUGGAGCAGCUCGAACCGGCAACCAACCACCGCGUUUGUAGACUCGAACUCAGCAAAUACCAACAAAAGCCAACUGAAACAACGGACAUCUUCGUUAACAGAUGCCGACUGCUAGCAAAGAAAUGCGACUUCACUGCCAACGAAGUAAACGAACGCCUCGUUGAGUUACUAAUUGCCAGCACGCCCAUACCCGAACUACAAAAGGAACUGUUGAACAAACCAAAGGGUUACAAAAUCGAAGAGGCUGUUAAAUUAGCCCGUUCUCAUGAAGCAUCAGCAAUAUAUGUCAACCAACUCCAGCAGCUACAGGGACCACCACAGAUAGCCACAAUAAACCAUGGUACACACCAACAGCAAGGAAGUGACAGAAAAUACGGACAGGUUUGCAAAAAUUGUGGACGCAACCACCGUUUUGGCAAAGAACACUGCCGUGCCAAGAACGACACAUGCAACACAUGUGGCAAAGUAGGCCACUGGGCUACAGUCUGCAUCUCAGGGAAACAUAACACCAAGAGACGACAAGGGAAAACCUGGUCUAAUGGUCGUAACCAGUCGAGACACCCACAACAGGAGUUUGGCAGGAAAGUCGACAGCGUCCGCCAAACAAAAAACGACCAAGUCAUGACUGACAUAGACACAGCGAUGGAAAACCUCACCUUUAGCUCCAUCGAAACCAACAGUGGAAAUCAUCAAAUAUGA